UCUAGUUGUUGUGACUGGAUCCUUAUUCAGAUUCCAUUUUUCUGUGGAGUCGAUUCCUGUUCCGAUUCCAUUUUUGGGAGUCGGUUCCUGUUCUGAUAUUAAUAUUAAUAUUAAUGUUAGUGUGACAUUAAUAUUAAGUUCAUAUUACAGUGUUAUUAUGGAUGAUAUAAAGGACGACCCUUCAGGACACAUUUCCGAGCUCGAGUAGAAAUAAAAGUGUGAUUUUACUGUAAAACUCCGAACAGACGCGCAGCAGCAUUUGAUUCCCGGCUGAUUCGGUUCAUGUCCUGAUCACUGAGCUGCGCUUUAUAAACGCCACGCGCUCAUAAACCCGACUCCGUGCCCCUGUGUGAUUAUUCCUGUCAUUAAACAUUAAACAUUCUGUAAUUAAAGUGUGUUAUUUCCAUGUGCGCGUCUCUUUCCCCUGCGGUGUGUGAGAGAGAGACAGCGGGGGGCUUGAAACCGUCCCCCAUUUCCUCUGCCUUGUUUUGUUUUUUUCUCGCGCGGGUUCUCCAUGUUGGAACCAAACUGAGCGAUUUUUAUUUUCACUCUUUUAUUUUUAUGGCUCCAGAAAAGUGGCGCUGAACAUUUCAGCUCUUCCAGACAGAGAGUGUGUGCGAUCUGGAAGUUUAUCUCCGGGGGAAAAGGCGUGUGUGUGUGUGUGUGUGUGUGGAUGCAGUGUGUUUUUAAUGCUUUAUUCCUGUGUGUGUGUGUGUGUGUGUGUGUGUGUGUGUGAGUGUGUGUGAGUGAGUAAUGUGUGUUUAAUGAAAGUGAGAUUGAGAAACUGGAUUUUAUUAGAUGGAAAGUUCUGUCAUCACACAAGUGCAAAGAGAAGAUCUUCAACUGCCUUCCAAGACAGGCCAGGUGAAAAAAUCUUCUCCGAAAAAGCCCCGCAGCAGGAAUAUUUUUAAAGCUCUUUUCUGCUGCCUGCGUGCACAAGAUGCUGCUCAGACGCCGCCACCUUCCCAUGAUGCCUUGCUCGCCACUGAGGAGAACGGAUCCAUCACGAAGGUGUGUGAGGCGAGUCUGCUGCCGGACGUGACUCCGGAGGACGAGGGGAAAAUCUGCGUGGUUAUAGAUCUGGAUGAGACUCUGGUACACAGCUCCUUUAAGCCGAUCAGUAACGCUGACUUCAUCGUUCCGGUGGAGAUCGAGGGAACCACACACCAGGUGUACGUCCUCAAGCGGCCGCAUGUCGAUAAGUUCCUCCAGCGAAUGGGAGAGAUGUUCGAGUGUGUGCUGUUCACCGCCAGCCUCGCUAAAUACGCUGACCCCGUUACAGAUUUACUGGAUCAGUGUGGAGUUUUCCGAGCGAGACUUUUCCGUGAGUCGUGUGUUUUCCAUCACGGCUGUUACGUUAAAGAUCUGAGUCGACUCGGCCGGCAGCUCAACAAAACCCUCAUCCUGGACAAUUCUCCUGCGUCGUACAUCUUCCAUCCUGAGAACGCUGUCCCCGUGAUGUCGUGGUUUGAUGACGUGGAGGACACGGAGCUGCUGAAUUUACUGCCCGUGUUCGAGGAACUGAGCAGCGCCGAUGACGUUUACGCCAAACUGCGUCAGCUCCGAGAGCCGUGACGUUCCUCAGCACACCUCAGGCUCGAUCGCUAAACCUCGCAACCUCGAAACGCCUUUAAAACCUCGCACAUGCCUUAAUCUGUCAGAUGAAACAUCACACACACACACACACGCACACCGUACAUCACUGAGUGUGUGUCAGUGUCAUCUUCAUCAUCUUCAUCUUCAUCGUCAUGUUUCAGCGUGAUGUUUAAUGAGUAAUGUUUGGAAAAUGAUAACGUUUACAUCAGAUGCUGAAACUUUCCUAAAGGAUUUAAUUUUGUUUUUGUUUUAUUCUGUCUGAAAAAACACAGAAACACAAAAACACUCCAACAAACACAACAGAAAUUCUGAAAUUCUGUAAAUUAUAAAUCGGAGCACAUGAAGCACAGGAACACACACACACACACACACACACACUCUGAGAAACGAUUCUAAAUCUUCUUUUUUCUGUGUUACGUCGUAUCUGAGAACACUAAAGAGAAAUAAAAUAUGACUUUACUGUAAAGAAAAUUAUACACAAUCCUCAGAACCGCAAACAACACACACACACACACACACACACACGUCAGAUUCAGCUCUCAGGUUUAGCUUUUUUACUCAAAAUAUACUGAGAAAAUUAUUUCAGUUCUUUUAGAUUUAAAAUUAAAAUUUAAAAUCCAAAAUAGAUUUUUUUCCUCCUACACAAAUACUGCUUACAAAAACAAAACAAAAUAAAACCUAAAUCUUUUCCAUAAAUGCUUUUUUUCCCCUCAAAAUCUGUAAUUUGAUAUGAAUUGAAUGUAAUGUGCAAUUUUAUUCCAGUUUCAACUUAAAGACUGAGAUUUAAUUUUUUAAAUUCUGAAAAUGUUUUUCUGCAUAAACACACCGUCUAUAAACUCAAACUCUAAAUCAUUAGAAUUUAUUUUUACUUCUUUUUUUCCCCAGUUACUGUCUCGACCUUUAGAAACACCAUUUCCCCAAAUUUUAAAUCUUUAAAUCUGUUUACAAGUUUUAAAGUUUUAUUCGCUCCUGCACUCAGUAUUGCUUUAAGCACAUGCCUUUAAUUUUAAUCUUUUUAAAAAAUAUAUUUUCUACUUUUAUUUUGGACAAAGCAACAGUUUCAGUUGUUUUUUUACAAUAUAGAAUUAUUUUUAGACAAUUUACAUAAUCCAAAUUUUGUUUAAAAAAUCUGAACUAUCAGCAUUUACCAAAGUUUCUGUGUGAUUUUUUUUUGUUAGUUUUAAUUAAAUAAACGUGUUAAAUAACCUCAGCACUGAAUAUACAAACUGUAAACUCUUCGCAUUUAGAAUUAAAAUGUGCCGAAGAUUCAUUAAAAAUCAUUUUUGGUGUGAAGUUCAGGUGAUGUGGACCAUGAAGAACGUUUCUGCUGGUCAGAGGAGCUUUUAUACACUAAGCCAAAAAAAAACCAUCAACAAAACUAUUUAAAACAAUUUUCUGUGUUUUUCGUGUCUUGUUGCGUUUUUGUAAUCUGAUACGUGAUGAUUGGAUGGGGAUUUUUAUUUUGCUUUAAAAUCAGUAUGAAUUUUUUUUAUUUUUCUUAAAAUCAGCAUCACUGAGAUUCUUCAUCAUUUCUGCUGAAUGCUGGGAAAAUAUCGUAGCUAACAAGUCAUGGAAGUGUGUGGCCUCGUUUAGCGUAGUGCGCUAAUCGUACACGUGAAUCAUCACACGCUAUAACACUCCGACUCAAUUUAAAGUUCCGUUAUUAAAGUUUUAAGUUUUAACAGAUUUUGUGCAUUUUUACAUGAAUUCAGUGCCUCAGUUUUGGACCUAAAUUUCUGUUUUUAUUCUUUCAUUUUUACUUUUCUACCAUUUCUUUCUUUUUUUCCGCAGUAAAGUUUACUGUUUCUGUUCUUAUUAAUAAUUUUAAUACACAAACAAAUUUUUGAUGGUUAUAAAUCAGUGAAUACACACACACACACAGUGCUGGUGAUUUUAGAAGGUGUUUAUAAUCACAGUGUUCAGUAAUUUUUACAUAAAUAUAUAAUAAAACUUUACAGUGCCAUUGUUACAGCAGAUAUUUUUGUCCUGUUAUAGAAACGUGUCACGUGUCGAGUUUAAACUGAAUGGAAAUGCGAAUGUUUCUGAUCUGCUCAGUGUUCUAAUGCACACACACACACACACACACACACACACACACACACACAUACAAUCAUUCACCGUUAACACCAUUUUACUUUUAUUUUCUGUUAUUUAGGCGAGAGAGAAUACGGACAAUAACGCUGCCAGUUUCAGACUAUGCAGACUGUAAAAUGCAAAAAAAAAAAAAAAAACUUUUAUGUUGAUUCUGUUUACUGUUUUAUACAUUUUUACUGUUUUACACAAAAACCUGCUGGAGGUUACACAGUUCUGUUUUUAAAAUAUUUUCUCUUGAUUUAUGAAAUUAGGAAAUUGGCAAUAAAAUUAUUGAUUAUACUUCUA